GGGCCCUUCCCUAUCGUCGCCCCCUUCACCUUGGAUCAUGUUCAAGAAAUUUGAUGAAAAAGAAAACGUGUCUAACUGCAUCCAGUUGAAAACCUCAGUUAUAAAGGGUAUUAAGAACCAAUUGAUAGAGCAAUUUCCAGGUAUUGAACCAUGGCUUAAUCAAAUCAUGCCUAAGAAAGAUCCUGUCAAAAUGGUUCGAUGCCAUGAACAUAUAGAAAUCCUUACAGUAAAUGGAGAAUUACUGUUUUUUAGACAAAGAGAAGGGCCUUUUUAUCCAACCCUAAGGUUACUUCACAAAUAUCCUUUUAUCCUGCCACACCAGCAGGUUGAUAAAGGAGCCAUCAAAUUUGUUCUCAGUGGAGCAAAUAUCAUGUGUCCAGGCUUAACUUCUCCUGGAGCUCAACUUUACCCUGCUGCAGUAGAUACAGUUGUUGCAAUCAUGGCAGAAGGAAAACAGCAUGCUCUGUGUGUUGGAGUCAUGAAGAUGUCUGCAGAAGAUAUUGAGAAAGUCAACAAAGGAAUUGGCAUUGAAAAUAUCCAUUAUUUAAAUGAUGGGCUGUGGCAUAUGAAGACAUAUAAAUGAGCCUCAGAAGGAAUGCACAUGGCUAAAUAUGGAUAUUGUGCUGUAUCUGUGUUUGUGUGUGUGACAGCAU